AUGAAGCCAUCACAGCUGCGGAAGAGUGAAACCAUUAAGAGUGGUGACGUAUUCAGUGGCAAGAAGGAACUAAUAAUGAAACUACGCAAGAUUUCAGUGAUCGAUAGGUUUGAUUUCAUCAUCAAAAAGUCAUGGAAGCGUUUAUUUUACGCAAAGUGCUUUGUUCCUGGAUGUUCCUGGAAGAUACGUGCUUCUGCUAUGUCGAUAUCAUCUCCAGAAUUCCUCGUUCGUAAAUACACUGAUUUUCAUACAUGCUCUGCGGCCGUUAGGUAUUCUCGUAACAGACAGGCAAAUGCGAAAUGUAUUGGCGAGAUGUAUGUUGAGGGAUUUAGUGGUGGUAGUGAUCUUAGAGGAAUCCGACCUAAACAUAUAAUGGACUGUAUGAGGGCAGUUUAUGAAAUCGAAAUCGGUUAUACGAAGGCUCAUGGCGCAUUGACAUAUGCACGGGAAAUGGUUAGAGGCACUCAUGCCAGUGGCUAUCAGGACUUGCCGACGUAUCUAUACAGAAUAAAGGAGGCCAAUCCAGGUACAAUAACAGAGCUUGAACUUGAUACGGAAAACAGGUUUAAGUAUUUGUUCAUUGCUUUUAGCGCAUGUAUCAAAGGCAUUCCGUUCAUGAGGAGGAUUAUUGUAAUAGAUGGAGCACAUCUAAGUGGUAAGUUCAGAGGUGUUAUGUUAGUGGCUGCAUGUCAAGAUAUAGAUAGGGGUAUAUAUCCUAUAGCUUUUGGGAUUGUUAAUGGAGAGGAUGCAGCUGCAUGGGAAUGGUUUUUUACUCAGCUGCGUCGUGUGGUGGGUGAUGGUCAAAAUUUGGCUUUCGUCUCUGACCGAUGCCCAGCAAUAUAG